AUGACAAAACCCAGUCUCCUUGAGCUCCCCCCGGGAGUUCAGCUUGUCUAUCUCGCCGAGGGUGGCGCAAAUGUGAUCUAUCGCUUUGUCUCUGCGCCGCUCAAAUCUCUCGAAAAGGAACCCAAGAGACCACUGUCACCAGUUGCGAUCGACAGUCUCGAGAAUCGUGCCGUACCGGCCUCAUUCAAAGGCAAAUUGCUCCGUCUGCGCAAAGAAACCGCCGCAAACCAAUCAUACAAAGAAAUCGUCCAGAACUUCAACAAUAUCGUGCGACCCCUCUUCAAACCCGAAGAGCUAGUCGACCAGACACUCAUCCGUCUACCGGAGGGAUUAAUCCAGCGCUGCAAUGAGCUCCUUCAUAUCGAUGAACUAAACGGCAAGCGGCCGAAGAAGCGGCAUGGCGGAUACUUGUGCUUGAACGAGCCGUUCGGUCUACUGAUCACCGACAUGACCACUGCCGACGAUCCCAACGCCACAUUAGCGGAGUUGAAGCCAAAAUGGCUAAUUCAGUCCCCUUCGGCACCUACCUCAGCCCGCAGGUGCCGGACGUGUGCAUUAAGAGAGAUGAAGAACCACGAAGCACGAAGACUGGGACAGAAAGAGCAACGAUCCUUCUGUCCGCUGGAUCUUGUCUCCGAACGCUUGGAUAGCGUCCUGCGGGCGACGGGUUUCAUAAAAGGAUGCAAUGACCGACACCGACUUGCGCGCAUAUUGCACCGCAAUCCUACAUUGCAAAAGCUUCAAUCUCAGCAAAAAUCCCGGCGAGAAGUCGGCCUGCUUGGACCGCCGGCACAGUCUCAGGAGAUGUCACUUGAUAUGACGCUCCGAGACUGUACGAUGUUUAUCAAGAUCCCCCGAGACGAAAUGUCUGCAGUAGAAAUCCGCCUCGGCGACCUCGACCUGAAAACAGGCGCCGGAGGCAAAGCCAAGUACUGGCGAGAUCUCGAAAACAACCUCAUCGACGGGGGCUGGUAUCACGGGUUCAACAGUCAAGGUCCAAGCGAGUGUGCGUUGCAGCGGGGUCAAAUCUGA